UUGUGCUCCAGUAUAUAUGUGAUGCAGUGCGUAACAGAGCCGAGAAUUCCACCCACAAACGUGAAGCUGUGGUGAAACCACCACUCCAUCUGGAUCUGCAGUCUGAAAGUUUGGCGCGCAUUGGUGAGGACGCGGCACACACUUUGGACACAUUCAUUUUAUACCAUUUAAGGUGCUGUGUGCAUUUUCCUUUUAAAGCGACGUCUGGAACUUAUUUAUAGAAGGUGAACGUUUUGGAUUAGAGAGAUUUCAUGAAGCGCCGAAUUUAGCCUCAUGUUUGUAAUAGCAAUGCUCUUUUACCAGUAGUUAAAAUGAAGUCAAAUCACCGAAGACUGAAUUGAAGCUGUUUUGAAAUGGAAGCAGAUGAUCAUUUUUCUUUGAACAUCUCGGCGGCUUUUACCAACAUCUCACCAACAGUCACAGGACCCGUCAAGAGCGCGCCCCCGUCCUCUUACGACAUGCUAAUCACGUCCAUACUCGGCACAAUUUUAACCAUCAUGUGUUUGGUGGGCAUAACUGGAAACGUUUACACAUUGAUCAUCGUGAACACCUCCGUGCGCGUAACUGGAUCGAUGUAUGUCUACAUAGUGAACUUGGCUCUGGCGGACCUGCUGUACCUCUCCACCAUCCCGUUCGUGGUCUGCACGUAUUUUGCGAAAGACUGGUACUUUGGAGACGUCGGAUGCCGCCUUCUGUUCAGCCUGGAUUUCGUCACCAUGCACGCGAGCAUCUUCAUCCUGACUGUCAUGAGCACGGAGCGAUAUCUGGCCGUCGUGAACCCGCUCGACACCUUCGGACGUUCCCGGCGUUACCGGCGCGCGGUCACUUUUCUCGUGUGGCUCUUCUCUCUUAUCCUCGCCUUGCCGUCCAUGAUCUUGAUUGACCUCAAGAUAGACGUGCACAAUGGCGUGGAGAAGCGCAUGUGCCACCCGACCUGGCAGAUGACUGCGUACAGAGUGUACCUGACCGUUUUAUUCAACACCUGCAUUUUGGCUCCUGGAUUAAUCAUUGGCUACCUCUACCUGAAAUUAGCCCGGAUUUACUGGCUUUCGCAGACCUCAGUGUUUCCUUCUAGAGAGGUUAAGAGGUGUCCUAAGCAGAAGGUGUUAUAUAUGAUCUUCACCAUAGUUCUGACCUAUUGGGCGUGUUUUUUACCCUUCUGGUUGUGGCAGUUGCUCAGUAUCUACUAUUACGCGCACGGUGGACUCUCCAGCUAUACUGUGGUCUACAUUAACUUCGUUGUGACUUGUUUGGCGUACAGUAACAGCUGCAUCAAUCCUUUCUUGUACACUUUGCUGACGAGGAAUUAUCAGGAAUAUGUGAGGGACAGACAGAAAAACAGCGUCGAGUUUAAGAAGAGAGUCAGACUGUCUUCGCAAAGGUCUUUGUCUCUUUUCAGGGCAAACAGUUCUGUAAUACUGUGAUGAAUAAACGGCUACUCGCCAUAACGCCAUUCUGGAUACUUACUGCACACCUGGAUGUUUUUAAUUAGUUCACCUAACAAGCAACAAGGUCCUCACAGCAAGAAGGUCGCUGGUUCGAGUUAAGGCU